UCUCAAGGCUGCGGGCUGUUGUGGAAGGGAGGUGCAACGGAUGGAUGCGUUGCCCCGCUCCGCUCUACAUAUUUGUCUUAGUUUAAACAAAAUGCGUCCUGUCUGACAAAAUUAGCAUAUCGAUACACUCCGCGCCGUGGCGGAGAGCUGCUAAUCCGCAGCGCGGCGUUAAUAAAUGACCCAGGAGCAACGGUUUUUCGUUAUAGUCUGAAGAUUAACGCUAGCUGAGGCUGUUUAAGUGGCUGUACAGCAGUGUACGGCUAGCUCCUCCGUGCUGUCUACCAUCGCAUUCUUGUGUCUCCUGCCUCAGGAAUGUUUUCCAAAAAGCCUCAUGGAGACGUUAAAAAAUCAACACAGAAAGUGUUGGACCCAAAGAAGGACGUGUUGACGAGGCUCAAACAUCUCAGAAUAGUCAUAGAAAAUGCAGAGUCGUCAGAGCUGAAACAAUUCUUCGACCUGAACUAUUCCCAUAUCUACUAUGUCUUCUUUGAGAACUUUGUCACCAUUGAGGUCAGCCUCAAGCAAAAAGGUCACAAGUCUCAGAGGGAGGAGCUGGACUCAAUCCUCUUCAUCUUUGAGAAAAUCCUCCAGCUCCUGCCAGAGAGAAUCCAGAGCAGAUGGCAGUUCCACAGCAUCGGGUUGAUCCUCAAGAAGCUGUUGCACACUGGCAACUCUCUAAAGAUCCGCCGUGAGGGUGUGCGCUUGUUCUUGCUGUGGAUGCAGGCGUUGCAGAGUAAUGCGGAGCGUGAGCAGCUCUGCAUGUUCGCCUGUUUGAUUCCUGGUUUCCCAGCUCCACUCUGCAACGGGACCCCGCGCACCCUGGACACUCUGAUCAACCCACCGCUGAGUUUGACCGAGACUCAGGUGACCCCAGAAGAAAUCACUCCACUGGUUCCUCCCCAGUCAGGUGACAAAAACCAGGAAGACCUCACCGCCUACUUCCUAGAAGCUCUAUUGAAAUACAUGGUAAACCAGGCCAAAUCUCUCGAGUGGCGGUGUAAAGAGAACCAUGAGCGUGGCUUCAGCUUCCUCUUUGGUCACUUCAGGAAGUUUUACCUUCCUCACAUCUUUCCCAACUUCGCUAUGGAGACCAGCCUCUACAGCCCCAUGCUGGAUGUGCCUCCGAUGCGUCCUAAGCCGUAUUACAGCGCAGUGCGUAGAGAGCAGGAUGGGGGUGAACCACUGUACUGCACUAAGGAGAGUUUCCUACAGGCACGAGUCAUCUUCAUCCGCUGGUUAGUUUCCUUCUGGCUGGAACCACGACCUAACACACAGACACACAUCCCAGGAACAGAGGGAGAGAACGUCCCUAAGAACAUACAGCGAGCAGCAGCUGGACUGGCUCGCUCCGCAGGGAGCUCAGACGACAGCGGCGGAGGAGGGAUGCGCUCUGACAGCCACCUGGAGGGGAGCAUGGGCUCUUCCGGGUCAGCGGGAGGUAGCAUGGGCCUGUCUGGAGGUCCAGGGAAUAUUGGUGAGGCCGAACAGAGCCACUCCAACACAUCUACUCUGACAGAGAGAGAGCCCAGCUCGUCCUCACUCUGCUCCAUGGAUGAAGAGCAGCUGACUGACAUGGAGGUGGUGAGGAGGGUGCUGACCAGCUCCAGAACCAACGUCAACUUCAUCACGGAGAUCUUCAGACAGGCAUUUCUUCUUCCCAUGUGUGAGGCAGCCGCAAUGCGUAAAGUGGUCCGCGUUUACCAGGAGUGGAUCUCCAUGGAGGACAAGCCAGUGUUUAUGAAGGAGCCAGAAGAGGGCCCCUAUCCUAUUGCCACAGCCACCAGCCUGGAUACAGGCUCCCAGCUGGGUGACAAAGAGGAUGAGGGAAUGAACAAAGUGAUUGACAGUGAACUGCUGGAGUACAGUGUUCACGCUGGAGUUCAGACGACCUUACAGGUUUUUAUCACCCACUCUGCCAACGUUUUCCUUCUGGAACCAGCCAACGACAUCAAGAUCCUUUUAGAGGAGCAUGUCGACAUGUGCAAGCGAGUCCUGAACAUCUACCGCAGCCUCGUCAUGCAUGAAACCAUGGACCAGAAAUCAUGGGAGCAGAUCUUACUGGUUCUCCUGAGGGUGACGGAGUCUGUGAUGAAAAGACCUCCAUCCAUCAUGCCUCAGGGCAAGAAGAACAACACGCUGUCAGGCAGAUUAGCUGGGCCUAUCUUUCAGACACUGAUCGUGGCCUGGAUCAAAGGGAACUUAAACGUCUACAUCAGCAGAGAACUGUGGGACGACCUCCUCUCCGUCCUCUCCUCUCUGACCUGCUGGGAGGAGCUGGUCACGGAGUGGUCACUCACCAUGGAGACCCUCACAAAGGUGUUGGCGAGGAACCUGUACAGUGUCGACCUGAAUGAGCUGCCUCUGGACAAACUCAGUGAACAAAAACAGAAGAAACAUAAAGGAAAAGGUAUCGGCUCUGAAGGCCAGCGGCAGAUUGUGGACCGUUCCUUUUCUAAAGGCUGGAGCAGAGACCAACCAGGUCAGGCGGCAGCCAUGAGGCAGCGCAGCGCCACCACCGCUGGAUCACCAGGCAUCGAGAAAGCCAGAAGUAUAGUGCGUCAGAAGACUGUAGCUCUGCGUAGCUGUUCUACGGGGGACUCUCUGCUGUCCUCAGCCUUUAUUCGCAGUGCUAAGAGUGCUCCUGCUCUGGCUCCGCCUCUUCCUGUCCUCCUCCACCACCACCACCACCCUUUACUACCCCCCCUUGCCGACCAGCUGGCAGACCUGGAGGACCCGCCCAUCACGCUGACGUCUCGCACAUCUCGGUUGCGCCACUCCUCCCAGAGCGACGAGACCCCUCCCACCUCGUGUUCGGAGGUCUUCCAGGCGGGCGACCUGGACGCCCCGGCACCGUCCGCUCUCGCAAGGAGCAGCAGCGCCUCCGACAUCAUGGAGCCUUUCAUCGCCGAGCGGGUCAAAGGUGAAGAUCCCCAGAGGGAUCCCACUGCAAUCCCAAAUCCCACCCAACACCCCUCCACAACUUCUUCCUUAUUCGCAACAAACAUCCACGCUCAGCCACUCUCACAAUCCCUCACCUCCCCUUCCCCCAACCCUCUUACCUUCUCCAAUGGUGUCGUUCCCUCGUCCUCCGAGGGGCAAGACGACGGUGCGGUUUAUGACCAGUUCUGGCACCAGGUCGGCUCUCAAAGCCAUGGUUCUAGUUCUGAUUGGGUGAGCGACUGGGACUCUGCCUUCAACUUUUCUUGCGAGAAGGAAAUCGAUGCAGAAGAGGGUGAAACUGGGGCUGGAGUAGAGGAGGAUGAUCUGUUCUCCUCCAUUAGGGACUACCUCACCAACAAAGGAGGUGAGAGGAAGGAGGAGGCUGGAGAGAGAGAUAGUCCUGGUCAUGUGUUAGAAAACAGUGUUGCUUUACCUGCAGCGGUGCAAACAGGGAUAGCUAGAACACAGGUGGAAUAUACAGGACAAGAAGUGAAGCAGGUGGUAAGAGGAGAUAGACAGGUAAGUAAAUCAGUCAGACACAGCAGUGUAGACUCCAUAGAGGAGAAUGAGGCAGAGCAGCGCAGUAUUUACGAGUGCCUGGAGUUGCAGUGCCAGUGGCCUUCAGCCAAUUCUAGAGGGAGUGGUAGCUUAGAAAGAAACGCUGUGGAAAAAAAGGCAGUAGGAGGAAAUACUGGAAGGGCAACUGGAUGGGCAGGAAAAUGUGACAUGUGGAGUGAAAUAGGAGAAGAGAAAGAACGCAAAGAAGCAGCAGGAAAUGACAGAUCCAGUGUGAUUAGAGAAGCUGCCGUUGAAUCUAGCACUGAAGCAACCCCCCAAGUUUCAGACCCCGCUAAGUCUAAGAUGUCCCGUAGCAUUGCUAAGAGACACCACUCUGGAGGUGUUCACGUCAGCUUCCGUCCCUCUACUGAGUCCGUGCAGUUUCACAACCCUCUCGAGAAUAAAGAGGCGCACUGGAAAGCCAGGUUGCGCCGACUCAGUCACUUCCACACGCACAGCCACUCGGCCGGGGAGAGGCUAGGGCCUGGAGCUGGGGCGGGGUCAGGGGGAAAGCUGGGAGCAGGGGGUGCAGGUAAGUUUGGUUCUGUGUCUGGGAUUAGCCAUAGAACAGGGGUCCAUGAGAAGUUUUCUUCUGGGACUGUUGCGGACAGCACCGGGUCGGGGGGCACAGCAGGCGCCGGAGGCCUGGAGAACUGGGCUGGGACUGGAGGGGACAAAGACAAGCAGCAUCCCGGAUCCUGUGUGGGAUCCAGCCUAGGCUCUGAGGUUCACUCAGAGACGUUAUCAGGUAGUUCAGGCUCCUCCGGCGUGCCCUCAGGAGUACGCGGACGCUUGGGACGCUCUGCCUUGCGUUCUCGGGGUUCUCGCUCACGCUCACAGGAACCAGGUAGCACUGCCGCACGGCACCACCAGGGGGCUCUCCUUGGUGGCGUCUAUAAGACUGUGGUUCACGCUCUGUCCUCCAAGCCCCGGCCCAGAGGCCAGGGGUCAUCCCAGGGCUCGUCGCCACAGCGACAGGGCCGAGCUGCCAUGGGUGACGCAUCUCUAAGGGAUCUCUACUCUCAUGUCCUGGGCUACUUUGGAAGAAAGACGACCACGCCAGUUAACAAAGAGGAGGUGGUCCCGAAGGCGCGUCCAGUCUCCAGCGACGUAGGAAGCACCAACCCCAACUUCUCCGACCUCAUGGACGAGUUUAUCCAGGAGAGACUGAGGGCCAAAGGAACAGCGGGUCGCCGUGGCAGCAGCCCAGGUAGCCUGGAGGUUCCCAGGGACCUGCCGGAGCUCCUGGAGGCUGGUCAGAGUCCUGGAUCACGACCCUCGGAUGAUCUUCGUCCUAUUGAUGAUCCGGGAGUUCCCUCCGAGUGGACGUCACCCGCCAGCGCCAGCGGCUCUGAUGUCAUCAGCUCCGACAGCCAAUCGGACUCCUUUAAUGCCUUUCAGUACUCUGCUGGCAAAUUUGAAAAUUUUUCUUUUAGUACAGAAACAUGUGGAGGAGGAGGAGUUGGAUCUGUAACUGGUGGAGGAGGAGGAGGAGGAGGUGGAGGUGGAGGAGGAGGAGGUCGGGGUAGUUCACUGGACCAGGAUAGUCUAGGGGGAAGCAUGGCCUGUGAAGAACACGAAGUAGCCAGUUUGACAACACUUCACCUGGACUCAGAGACCAGCAGCCUUAGCCACACUGUCACCGUUACUGGAUCUGAGAGUGCAUCUCCCAUGCAUUCCCUCGGAGGAUCCCGCUCCCAGACUCCCUCCCCUGCCACGCUGACCGCAGAACACACGGAUCACACACACUCCCAUUCACACACACACUUACAGCUGGACCAGAAACUCCACAACUCUGUCCUGCAGACCCCUGAUGACCUGGAAACAAGUGAGUUCCCCAAUGAGGACUGCAGCGUGAUGGCAGGUGGUUCUCUGACUGGAUGGCACGCCGACGUCGCCACGGUAAUGUGGCGGAGGAUGCUGGGUAUCCUGGGAGAUGUGAACAGCAUCAAGGACCCUGAGAUCCACGCUCAGGUCUUUGAUUACCUGUGUGAGCUGUGGCAAAACCUGGCCAAGAUCAGAGAUAAUCUGGGUAUUUCUCUGGACAACCAGUCAUCUCCCCCACCUCCUGUUCUGAUCCCACCCCUGAGGAUCCUCACCCCCUGGCUCUUCAAGGCCACCAUGUUGACGGAGCGUUACAAGCAGGGGAAGCUUCACGCCUACAAACUUAUCUGCAGGAUUAUGAAGAGACGGCAAGACGUGUCCCCAAACACAGACUUUCUCACACACUUCUACAACAUCAUGCACCAGGGACUGCUGCACCAAGACCAGGACAUCGUGAACACCAUCAUCAAACACUGCAGUCCCAGGUUCUUCAGUAUCGGUCUACCUGGAGCCACCAUGCUGAUCCUGGACUUCAUCAUCGCAGCUUCUAGAGUCACCAACUGCUCGUCACUAAACGCUCCAAGAGUUGAGGCCCAGAUCCUUCUUGGAUCUCUGGUGUGUUUUCCCAACUUGUACGGGGAGCUUCCAGCUCUCCACCCCACCACAGCAGAUGUGGUACUCACCAAGUUCCCUGACGUCAAGGAGCACAUUAUCAAAACCAUCCUGACCUCUGCCAGGGACGAACCCUCCGCUCCUGCUAGGUGUGUGGCUCUGUGCAGUCUGGGUAUCUGGCUGUGUGAGGAACUGGCUCACGGGACUCAACAUCCACAGAUUAAAGAUGCUCUCAAUGUCAUCUGUGUCACCCUGAAGUAUCCUAAUAAGAAUGUAGCGCUGGUGGCGUCAGACAUCCUUCACCUCCUGAUCAGUCACGUGGAUCAUCUCCAAAAAUUCCCCCCUGACACUCCAAAGAAGAUUGUAGAGAUUUUAAUCGCCACCAUCACAUACUUGCUGCCUGCUACCGAGUCCUCUCUUCAUGAACUGGAUAAGAGGCUGGUAGUUUCUCUCUUGCUGUGUCUGUUGGACUGGGUGAUGGCUCUGCCUCCUAAGACUCUUCUUCAACCUGUCCAAACACGAAGCCCUCCAGAGAAGGACCAGCCCACCAAGACCCUGCUCAGCUGUAUUUAUAAGGUAUUACAUGGCUGUGUGUACGGAGCGCAGUCCUUCAGCAGUUCCAAGUAUUACCCGCUGCAGCUGUCGGACCUGCUGAGUCCAGACUACGACCCGUUCCUGCCUUUGGAGAACCUCAGAGAACCAGAACCACUGCACAGCCCGGACUCGGAGCGCUCCAGCAAACUGCAGCCCGUCACCGAAGUCCGUAGCCGUAUUCAGCAGGGCUUGGUGUCCAUCGCAGCCAGAACAGUAAUUACCCACCUGGUCAACCACCUAGGACAUUAUCCCAUGUCCGGAGGGCCCGCAACUCUGUCCAGUCAGGUGUGUGAAAACCAAGACAACCCGUUCUGUGAGAGUGCCGAUCUUGGACCAGAACUUUUCCACUCACCAAACCUGCAGUUCCUGGUUCUGAACGGCUCCACGCUGCUCUCAGUGCUUCAGAUCCGGUCAGAGUCCGGUGUACCGGGAGGUGGAAUGACUGCCGGUUUGUCAUCUGCUCCUGCUUGUGUUCGUGUCAUCAUCCGAGAUGUGGCUGGAAAACACUCCUGGGACUCCGCCGUCCUCUACGGGCCUCCUCCAUGUUCCCCGAACAGCCCGGCGCACACACUUCCGACACACACGCAGUCACCUCACAGUGCGAAUCUUCAUUUACGCACCCCACCAGGAGGUCCGCCAAAAAAGAUGGGAGUGAAAAGAGACGAUAGCGAGGAAGAUGGGCAAGAUGAGAAGGGGGAGGAGGAGGGAGGAAGAGCACUGGAGGGAGAGGGGCAAGAGCUGCAGGGAGAGGGAGAGGAUGGAGAAACGGAGGGCCAAGCCAGCGAGGAGGAGAGGGAAGAUCAGAGAGGAGGUGGAGAUGAGGGAGAGGGGAAAGAGGAGGAGCAGGAGGAGGAGAAUGAUCAUAGAAUGGAUGGGGAGGAGGACGGGGGGACUUCCGCCUUGGAACAGCUUCUGGCUCCGCCAUUGGCUAAACGUGUUUGUCGGGAGGCGGUGCCGGCGUGGGAUUCACUGAGAGACGGGGAUGAUUCUCUGGAUGAAAUGCUGCAGUACCUGGGAUACUCCAGUCCUGAGUGUCUACAGAGAGCAGGCAUGCCGCUCAACAUCCCAGCCCCUCCUCCGGCAUGCGUGUCAGAGAAGCAGGAGAACGAUGUCAUCAAUGCCAUCCUGAAACAGAGCGCUGCCGAGCGAGAGUUUGUCCUCCAUAGAGGCGAGGAGUUGAACAUGAGAGCAGUGCGGCAGCCUGAACCAGAGACCCAGACGCCACAGUCAGCUUUCUACUACUGCAGACUACUGAUCAACAUACUGGGACUGAACUCCUGGGAGAAGAGGAGCAACUUUCAUCUGCUGAGAAAGAAUGAGAAGUUACUGAGAGAGCUGAAGAAUCUGGACUCACGCCAAUGCCGAGAGACCCAUAAAAUUGCAGUAUUUUACGUGGCUGAAGGCCAAGAAGACAAACACUCCAUACUAACUAACACAGCAGGCAGCCAGGCGUAUGAAGACUUUGUCUCUGGACUGGGCUGGGAGGUGGACCUCACCACUCACUGUGGCUUCAUGGGAGGCCUUCAGAGAAAUCGCAGUACGGGACAGACCACACCUUACUACGCCACUUCCACGACUGAGGUCAUCUACCACGUCUCCACCCGCAUGCCCCACGACCAGGACCACAACCUCACCAAGAAGCUGAGACACCUGGGCAAUGACGAAGUCCACAUCGUUUGGUCAGAACAUUCCAGAGACUACCGGCGGGGGAUCAUACCCACCGAGUUUGGAGACGUGUUGAUCAUCAUCUACCCCAUGAAGAACCACAUGUACUCCAUCCAUAUACUCAAAAAACCAGAGGUGCCGUUCUUUGGUCCCCUGUUCGACGGCGCCAUAGUGGACAUGAAGAUCCUACCCACCAUGGUUAGAGCCACGGCUAUAAAUGCCAGCCGAGCUCUCAAAUCCCUCAUACCUCUGUACCAGAACUUCUACGAGGAGCGAGCCAGAUACCUGGAGACCAUUGUGCAGCACCACCAGGAGCCGACUACGUUCGAGGACUACGCAGCUCGCGUCUACAGUCCAGCUCCCUGCACUCACCUGCCCUCCGAUACAGGCUCCUGCCUCGAGAUUCUUCGGGGAGAAAGUCCGGCUCUUGGGGAGGCCGGGAGCGACUCGGCAUCCCCCAUGUCUCCUCGGACUAGCAAGAGCCGCAUGUCGAUGAAGCUGCGGCGCUCCUCUGGAUCGGCCAACAAGACCUGAGCUUUCCAGACGAGGCAGCUCGGCCCGAGAGCAGCACUUCAGAUCACAUUAGGAAACAAAAGCUUCGCUGUAGAGACGAACCUUGAAUCAACGCGUCCCCGUUCCUUCCUUCAGCCUUUUACAUUUCUGAUUGGACACUGGCUAUAAUGCUCUAAACCCUCUCGUACUCUCAAAAAUACGUGUAAUAGUGCUCUGUGGACUCUGUAGUGACUUUAGAUUGAAAAUGCUGUCUGUGUACUUCUGCCGCUUUGCUUAAAAACCCAGACAGCAGUGCAGUGUUAGUCCAUAACAAUCUGUGCCAUGUUAGAAAGUGCACAAAUAUCAGUUUAACCACGACUGCAAAAAGCUUAACUGUGCCACAAUAUUAGAGAGCUUUCAGAGAGAACAAGCAAAGCAGAGUCUCUUCGGUCUCUGCGUGUUGUUGGGGUGUCGGACGUCGCUCUGGGGAAUCUGUAUAUUUGUACUAUAGUCAGCGGGUUUCCGUGUACAGACAGGAGCAGGGGUUUUGAUAUCAGAGGCAGCACGACUGAUGCCUGUAAAGCGUUGCAUGGAGAAAGCUAAAGAAAAGUCUAUUUUUGUUCUCGGUGCAGCAAACUAAUAAUGAUAAUGUUUCUAUUCAGUCUCCAUUUAAUGUAAAUACAAAUGUAUUCAUUUGCUAACAGCUAAAAAUAAAUAAAUAAACAACGCACCUAACGUUCUAAAGCCAAAAACUUUCAGUGAAUCCAGAUGAAAAUCCUCAGCCUCACCUGUAAGGAGCAGCAUUAGUAUGAGGAAGGGCUGAUCAUGUGUCUGUUACAAAUAAUCAACCCGUCGAGAGGAAGCACUUGUUACAUAAAGUUUGUUUUGACUUUGGCUUGCUGUAAACUGUGGACGAGCACUGAUGUUCAUUGCAGUUGUUUUUUUGAGUUUUUUUUUUUCUCGUUCUUUAUUUUUUAAAAUUGACUGUAAAUUGUGUUUUGACCCGAACAAGAACGUUGCUGUAUUUUUUUGAUCACUCUUUUGUCAUCUGAAACAACGAACCACAGCUUUUCUUUCUUUGUUCCUAUACGUAUAUAUAUAUGUGUAUUCUGUAUAUCUCUAUAUGUAUGAGCAUAAAUAUAUAUAUAUAUAGUAGAUAUAUGAAUAUCUAAAAGAAUGUGUACAGUGUGAGGAAGCUUGUUGUGUGUGUGUGUGUGUGUGUAUAUAUAUGUAUGUAUGUACACACAUACAUGAUGUGAGAAUAGCUGCCAAAGCCAAACUGUGGUCAAACCUCAGACCAUGUAUUUGCUUAAAGACAAAAUACAAAAAAAAAAAACACUACAAGAUGUUAUUCUCCAAUGGUUCUCGUUCAUAUCAUGUUUGCACACUUUUUUCUCUAGGAACUUAAACCUGAUCUUAUUUUACUCAUCUUUCUCUGUGGCACCUCAGCCAGACUCUGGAAGAUCGGAGGAAGCCUUGUAAAUCUGUAGAGACUUCGUAAGAGCGUCACUCUGCAUCUUUAACGUAUAUGAGGCAGACGGGGGCCUGGUGUUUAAACCGUUAACAGUGCAUGCACUUAACAAUCCAGCUUCAAUUCUGCGUCUACGUGAGGUUCAUAAUAAUUAAUGGUCCAGUGAGGGAAGCAUUAUACGUUCCUUUCAUUGCCAGUGUUUUUAUGUUUUGAGUGAAAAAUCAAAAGAGAGGGAAGAGAAAUAGAACAAGUCAGUUUAUUAUCAUCUUUUU